AUGCCUAUCGAAAGAAUCGACCUUGAGGCACAAUCAGAGACCGAUGACGUUUUAUUUCUUUCUGAAGAAUCUAGUGGGACUUUUGGGCGUCGAAGGCGUCUCUCAUCUUGCACAAUUGGAGAUGAGGACACCAGCAGUCACUCAAACACCUCAGCCCGUCUUCUCGAACAGGGCGAACUUGAGCUCAAGGCAAUGAGGCUACUGAAUACGACUAUACAAGCAGGUUCCUUUCUCGGAGUACGCCAAUUCUUUUCUGGGAAAUAUCUUGUUGAGUUUAUUCUGGUCAAAAUUCUGGUUCGAUGCCGGUCUACAGACGCGAUCAAAAUCCGUGGCACACCCUUCUUGAGAAAUCGCUCGGCUUUAGCAAAGCUUCCAAAGAAGCCAAACGAAGUCUGCAUGCUGAUAUGCAGAGAUGGCGACACGAACAACGAAGAGGUCACAGACAUCAGUCCAUCACAAGUGGUUCAAGUGCACCCACUGCUCAUCACUAACGCGAAAUACCCCAAUUUCAACCGGAAGCUGGAGGUUUGUUACGCUGGACAAGGGAGCCGUCGGAAGCAGGUUGAAGAAUCUCUUGUUCGUGUUGACUCCAGCGAAGUCUCACGGAGAGAAUAUAGAAUUUCCAACGAGAUACUCCGCAACAGAUGGCGAGGAACUACCGCCAAAGGAGGCUCAUGGAACCCCUUUUCAGGCGGUCACCUUAUUGACCUGGAGUCAGAGCGGUCCAACGAAGGAGAUCGAAGCCACGGUCAGCAGUACACGAUAUUUGACUCUUGUUCUGGUGCUGGCGGAGUGUCGCGAGGAGCCCUCAUGGCUGGCUUCAGAGUCCGAUAUGCGUUGGACAAAGCACCGGAGGUUUGGGAUACCUACCAAGCAAACUUCCCUGGAACCGAACUAUACAAGAUGUCCCUUGACCAAUUUCUAUCCAGCGCGCAGACGAGUCAUAUGCGAGUUGAUGUUCUACACUUUUCUCCGCCCUGUCAAUUCUUUUCACCAGCACACACGCACGCAUCAGAACAUGAUGAUGCGAAUAUUUUCGCAUUAUAUGGCUGCAAUCAACUACUCAAGAAGUUGCGUCCCCGUAUCAUCACCGUGGAACAGACAUUCGGGCUUACGCAUGACCGGCACGAGGAGUACUUUAAUGGCUUCCUUGGGGACUUCACACAGCAUGGCUACUCCAUACGCUGGAGAGUCAUAAGGCUUUGCACGUGGGGAGCUGCUCAAGAUCGGAGACGCCUAAUCAUCAUUGCCGCUGCACCUGGCGAGAGACUUCCAACCUUCCCCCAGGCUACACACAGUCAGGAGGGUGGCAACGGACUAUUGCCCUACAACAGCAUCGGAAAGGCGCUAAGGGACAUCCGUGCAGGAGACGAUCUUCAUGACCUUGAUAAUGUCCAUUAUUUCGAUCCACCACGAGCGCCAUAUGACCCGGAACGCCUGGCAGGGACCAUCACCACUGGCGGAGGUUACUUUUACUACCCUGACGGCUCACGAAAGCUCACUCUGAGAGAGUAUGCAAGCUUGCAAGGAUUCCCCAAGUCACAUCAGUUCCUCGGUACUAAAACAUCCAUCAAACGGCAAAUCGGAAAUGCGUUUCCCCCAAACACAGUCCGUGUUCUCUACAGGCACUUAGAACAAUGGCUCUUGAACGAAGACCGCAUGAAGCCAUUCACCAACAACCAGGACGCCAUUCUCAUUGAGGAUGAUUCCGAUACACCAGCCAAUCUUACAGAUAAUUCUGAGGAUAGGCCACGCCACUCUCCGGAUAUGAUGGACGGAAAUAUUGUUGAGACUUUCGAUAUACAACAACAUCGACGCGGCAGAGACCCUUGGGCAGUCGAGGACAUGGUGAUUGACUUGACCUAGCUCCUGGGCAGGUUUGGUCAAGACAAAAUGGUACGGAGAACGAGAUUAGUGGUUACUGGUUUGGUAUUGUAGCAGCCUGGAAACUAGACGACAGUUUUUCUCCCUGGAAAGGUCACGAUGUGGUAGAUAACUGUUCUGUUCGAGCUUUAGAUACUUAAGGUAGCCG